CGGAGCACACGCUGCAUGUACGCCUUCUACUUCAUCCUGGUCGUAAGCCUCUGUUGCAUCAUGAUGUCCAAAACCGUGGCUAACGAGAUGAGAGAGCAGAUUCCUUUUUUUGAAGAUAUGUGUGAAGACACUAAGGCUGGUGACACCUGCGGGAAUCUGGCGGGCUAUUCUGCAGUGUAUAGAGUCUGUUUUGGAAUGGCUUGUUUCUUCUUCAUCUUCUGUCUACUGACCUUGAACAUCAGCGACAGCAAAAGUUGUAGGGCUCAGAUUCACAAUGGGUUUUGGUUUUCUAAAUUCCUGCUAUUGGUGGCCCUGUGCUCAGGAGCUUUCUUCAUCUCAGAUCAGGAGACCUUUCUGAACACCUGGCGCUAUGUGGGAGCCGUGGGAGGCUUUCUCUUUAUAUGCAUUCAGCUCUUCCUGAUCGUGCAAUUCACACGUGAGUGGAACGAGAAAUGGACUGCAGGCGCAGCCGGUAACAAGCUGUGGUACGCCGCUCUGGCCCUGGCGACCCUCCUCAUGUAUUCCAUUGCUGCUGCAGGCUUGAUUUUGAUGGCAAUUUUUUAUACAGAAGAAGUCGGCUGCCUGGAAAACAAAAUUCUCCUGGGGAUCAAUGGAGGCCUGUGUCUGCUUAUCGCAAUAGUAGCCAUCUCACCCUCGGUCCAAGAGCGACAGCCGCACUCGGGGCUCCUGCAGUCGGGGCUCAUAAGCUGUUAUGUCACCUACCUCACCUUCUCAGCUCUGACCAGCAAACCGGUAGACAUAGUUCUAGAUGAACACAGGAGGAAUGUUACCAUCUGUGUGCCCAACUUUGGUCAAGACCUAGACAGAGAUGAAGACUUGGACACCGGACUGGGUAUUUUCCUCUUGCUUGGAUGCAUCUUGUAUUCCUGUUUGACAUCAACAAGAAGAUCAAGUUCUGACGCUCUGCAGGAGCGAUAUGCAGCCGCUGAACUGGAAGGAGCUCGGUGUUGUUUUUGCUUCGGUCCAGAUGGAGAGGACACUGAAGACGAGCAGCAGGUAAAGGACAGAUUAAGGAUCAUUUAUGACGAGAAGAGAGGCACCGUCUAUAACUAUUCCUACUUCCACUUCAUGUUCUUCUUGGCUUCCCUCUACGUGAUGAUGACCAUCACCAGCUGGUUCAACUAUGAAAGCGCGUACCUGGAAGCCUUCUUCAACGGGAGCUGGUCCAUCUUCUGGGUCAAGAUGACCUCCUGCUGGAUGUGUGUGCUGCUGUACCUGGGGACACUGGUCACCCCUCUGUGCCGCCCUUCUCCACAUUUCUCUGUGUGA